CAUGGCAUCUUGUGCAGUCUAUUGAUGCAAUGUGUUUGCCAUUAGCGCUCAACACAAGUCGUUUGUAGUACAUAGUCCAUCUUAAAGUCGAAAGAUUAUAUAUUUUACAAUUACCAUUCGAAAUAAAACUGCAAUUAUUUAAUACUUAUGUAUACAACAUAAGGGGCUUCUUUCUCCUAGGAUAGUAACGAAUCGGAUUCCCGAAAAAUUCCAAGACUCAGAGACCAUGAGUGAGGAAACAGUCACUGUUGGUGACUCCCAGCCAGAUAAACGGCAUCAGCAGGAAGAGGUCCCAUCAAGGGGAAGAUGGGCCAACAACAGGGAGUUCAUUCUCACCAUGGCAGGAGAAAUUGUUGGCCUUGGGAAUAUUUGGCGUUUCCCCUACUUGUGCUAUAAGAAUGGAGGAGGUGCCUUCCUCAUCCCGUACUUUUUUUUCCUCUUUUUCUGUGGCAUUCCGCUUUUCUUCCUGGAGACGGCGCUGGGCCAGUACACCAGUGAGGGUGGAAUUACAGCCUGGCAGAAGAUUUGUCCCAUGUUUGAGGGGGUGGGCAUCGCAUCCCAAGUGAUGGUGACUUAUGGGAACAUCUACUACAUAGUCAUUUUGGCCUGGGGUAUUUUAUACCUGAUCAGCUCCUUCAAAAGCCCUGUGCCAUGGUCCACAUGUGAGAAUGCAUGGAAUACUUUCAAUUGCCACACUCGUCCAAGCAUGUACGCCAACCCCCAUCUCUUUAACCCCAACUUCAACUGGUCGUUCCUACACAACUUCACGUCAUAUGAUUACAAUGACAUCGGUGAUAUAAAUACAACUGAAGUAUUGAUGGGGUCUAGUCCGGAAGCUGAGUUCUGGACUCAUCGUGUGUUACAAAUGUCAGGAGACAGGUUCUUUGGUAACUUAAACUGGGACCUGUCUUUGUGCCUCCUCCUUGCCUGGAUUAUAUGUUACUUCUGCAUCUGGAAGGGGGUCAAAUCCAUAGGAAAGGUGGUGCAUUUCACUGCUAUAUUCCCCUACCUGUUGCUUUUCAUCCUCUUUGUCCGUGGGGUGACACUUCCAGGAGCUGGGGAAGGAAUAAAAUAUUAUUUCAUGCCUGACAUCAGCAGGAUCGGUGAUCCACAUGUAUGGUGCGAUGCAGUAAGAGAGGUUUUGUUCUCCUAUGCUGUGUGUCAUGGUGUAUUUACCGCUAUGGGAAGCUACAACAAAUACAACAACAACUGCUUCAGAGAUUGUUUGGCAUUAUGCUGUCUGAACAGUGCUACCAGUAUCUUCGCUGGCUUUGCUGUGUUCUCAAUAUUGGGAUUCAUGGCUCAUGAUCUGGGUGCACGAAUCGAAGAUGUUGCUGUUUCUGGUCUUGGGCUGGCCUUCAUAGCUUUCCCAAAGGCUCUGACCUUACUUCCUGUCUCAUCCUUCUGGCUGGUGCUCUUUUUUUUAAUGAUCCUUCUCCUUGCUCUGGACACUCAUUUUGUGUGUGUAGAGAGUUUGGCCACAGCGAUCACAGACCUGUUCCCACAUUUUCUGAGAAGGCCUGGCAGAAGAGAGAUUUUGGUUCUCGUCAUCGCUGUUGUCUCCUUCUUGUUGGGUCUACCAUUCGUCACUCAGAAUGGGAUCUUGUUCUUUUAUAUUAUUGAUUCAUAUGGCUCCAGUUCAAUCAGUCUCCUGUUCAUUGCCAUUUUUGAGACCGUAGUCAUUGGCUGGGUGUAUGGUGCCGACCGUUUCUAUGACAACAUUGAGGACAUGAUAGGAUAUGCACCAUUCCGUGUGCUGAAGUACUGCUGGUUGUUUGUCACACCACUCAUCUGUGGGAUUACUCUCCUGUAUGAGCUGGCAACUAUGCAGCCUUAUUUUCCUAUGACUGGCUAUGUACUUGAACCCUGGGGUCGUGGAUUGGCUGCUUUGUUUGUCCUCACACCACUGAUAUGCAUCCCAUUAUUUAUUUUUCGCUCACUGUGUAAGAAUUCCAAAACCAUGACCACGCCGUCCAGUGAUUUGCGUCAGGCUCAACCGCACAAGCCAGUGCUCACACUGUGUGAGUAUAUUGUCUUUAAGGCACAGGUGCAGCCAAAAAAGAAUGUGGAGAGGAACAACGAGAAGAUGGAAAUGGAAGAACCAGUCUGAUGAUAGCUAUAGCAAGGACAGCAUGUGAUAGGAUGAGCAAGAGACUCUAUCGUCUAGAAAACUGUGAGAAAAAUGUAUGUUGUCUUUUUUUAUGUCAGUUCUUCUCUGUUUUAAAAAUAAAGUUACAAAAAAUAGAAUACAUAACAUCCAACUUUACAUACUCACUUGUUUGUAUACGUGUAUAACCAUACAUACUCCUGAAACUGUCUUAUAGCAUUAACACAGGGCAGAUUUUAGUCCCUGCAAUAAUGUAGCUGCAUUUCUACAUUAUAAUAUCUCUUUAACUUAGUGAACACAAAUAAAACUUACUAACAUUGUUCUAUUUUGUCUUUAUCCAACCAACCUAGACUGAUAUUUUAUCUUUUAUCUUCUUUUUAAAUAAUGCAUUAAGUGAGUAUAACUCUCAAUGUGUAUGAGUAAUAUUGUGGAUUAUUGUGGCACUUCCAUUUCUGCCUGUAUUGAUCUCUAAAAAACAGGAUAAACAUUCAAUACAAACUCAGCCUGACCUGCUCAGUUCGGUUCUUACUGAUUCUAACAGUCUGCAUUGUUUCGAUUGGGUUUGAGGGGGGAAAAAAAAUACUGUUUUCCCAUUUUGUGUGUGUGUGUGUUCGUGUGUGUGUGUGUGUGUGUGUGUGUCUGUCCUACCAUUUUUUUAAUGCAUGAAAAAGACGUGUUACAUAUUCAUGGUUAAAAUUAACAAGCAGGAUAUGCUUAUUGCAUGUGUGAUGUCACAGGAUAUGUGUGAUUGUUGAACUUGAACAAAGUCGGUCAUCUGUGUAAUGUGAACCGGCAUUCAAUUAACACACAAUUCCACUCAGUUAUCUCACCUCUGACUACACAAAGUAAACCUAAACCCUGAAUUACUCCAACCCUCAGAGU